AUGAUGAAGAACAGAAUCAUGACUUUGUUAAUUGCGGCGUUGUCACUAAUGGGAUUAGCGCGUGCAACAUCCUUUUACGAGGUUGGAGACACCAACGGAUGGACGACAAAGAUGGGCCUUGACUACUACAAGACAUGGUCAUCUUCAAAGACUUUCUAUGUCGGAGAUUCCCUCAUCUUUCAAUACAAACAUCUCCACAACGUGUUGGAAGUGAGCUUCGAAGAUUACGAGUCCUGCAACCCUAACUCCGCUCUGACCACAUAUCACUCCGAGUAUGAACCGGUUAAGCUUAACAGAACCGGACACUAUUACUUCAUAUGCGGUGUGCCUGGUCACUGUGAAUCUGGUCAAAAGCUUGAGGUCCUAGUCGUGGCUCCUGCCUCUCUGCAGAAUACUCCUGCCACAACAACUCAACAAAACAACUCAUCUACUUCUAAUUCAAACCCUAAACCUAAUCCUACUUGUCCUGAUCCUAAACCUGAGCCUUCACCGCCAUGGGAGGAUCCUCUUGAGGUUCUUCCAGUAGAUGCUGCAACAAUUGCAUCACUUCCUCACAAUGCAGCCUCAGACCCUUGUGUGUGGAGUGGGUUAAGCAUCCUCUCCUUCCUUCUUUUACAAACCCUAGUUUUUCUUUAA